GUGGUAAAUAUAUGCCGAAAAAUUGAUAACAAAAUCUACGUUACUUUAUUGUUCCGCAAUACGCAAUCAAACAAACAAAUAAUUAGAAACUAUGGACAAAUGGGUGGCGCUGAAUAGCCAGACCGGCUGGAUGGACAAAGUAGCACGUCUUAUUCAGUAUCUUUCCCGAGCCAUUUGGGACUUCCUAGAGAGUAGAGGUUCCAACCCCGCUGUGGCCGAUCAAUUCAAAACUUUGGAAUACAUUCUCAGCUCAUUCCGAAAGCUGCUCCGAUUUGGUAAAUGCCUCGACUUAUUCUACGCUUCACUGAAAACAUUCCACUAUCCCGAUUCCGCCAUCAGAGUGACCCACACACUGAGCAAACUAUCCCAGGCUCUCUACCUCAUUGCAGACCAUCUGAUGUGGCUCUCCCGCACGGGACUCUUCAAAAGCAUCAACGCCCGCAAAUGGAGUCAAACCGCCAACAAAUAUUGGCUCCUCUCGAUCACGAUGAAACUCUGUCGGGAUGUCUAUGAGAUUCUACGACUUGUUGACUUGCAUCGAGCUGCACGCAAAUCAGGCGUCGCAAAUACACGACUAUCAGCGUGCAUAAGAUCCCAUUUUGUUGAGCGAUUCAUGAUGAUUUGUCAAACCUUACUGAAUUAAAAUGCCAAUACAGUUUGACAUUUCUUAACU